AAUUGAUUUAGGGAGGAGACAAUAGCUGUGCUUUGCAUUUUGUAAAAGAUGGAAGAAACCUCUAACACUGACCCUGUGUGCAGGGAGAUGACUCAGUUAUCCAUGCCUUAUACAGUUGCACAUUAUUUCCCUUUGUUUGAAGUGGGUGGAUGCCAGUGCCUCCAUCAGAGCUCCUUAAUGUAAUGUAUGGAAAACGUCUCAUCCACCAUUUUUAACAAUUAGCUGUAUCAUGGGCGAGGUGAACAGGCUUCUGAAGGCAACUGCAGGUCCAUCCCAUUGACAUUAGCUGCUAUGGCACAAGAGCUUUGUAGCUGUGGAACCAACACUGAUUUUGCAUACUGUGUAGAAGAAUUCUUUAGGAGUGGGGAGAAUAUUCCCAGAAAGAAAAUGGAAUCCUUUUGUCUACAGGCUUCCUGAAGAAUGAGAAAGAUAAUGCCUUGUUGUCUGCUAUUGAAGAGUCCCGGAAGAGGACCUUUGGCAUGGCUGAGGAGUAUCAUCGAGAAUCAAUGCUGGUCGAGUGGGAACAAGUGAAACAAAGGAUUCUGCACACGCUGCUGGCGUCGGGAGAGGAUGCCCUUGACUUCACCCAAGAAAGCGAGCCCAGUUACAUCAGUGAUGUGAGUCCCCCUGGGCGAAGCUCUCUGGAUAGCAUUGAGAUGGCCUAUGCCCGGCAGAUCUAUAUCUAUAACGAGAAGAUUGUGAGUGGACACCUGCAGCCUAACCUGGUGGACCUGUGUGCCUCUGUCGCAGAGCUGGAUGACAAGAGCAUUUCUGACAUGUGGGCCAUGGUAAAACAAAUGACAGAUGUGGUACUGACACCAGCAACUGACGCUCUGAAGAGCCGGAGCAGUGUGGAAGUGCGUAUGGACUUUGUCAAGCAGGCCUUGGGAUAUCUUGAGCAGAGUUAUAAGAAUUACACCCUUGUGACUGUCUUUGGAAAUCUGCAUCAGGCGCAGCUGGGCGGUGUGCCUGGGACUUACCAGCUGGUUCGGAGUUUUCUAAACAUUAAACUGCCAGCUCCCUCACCAGGACUUCAGGAUGGAGAGGUAGAAGGCCAUCCCGUCUGGGCAUUAAUUUAUUACUGCAUGCGCUGUGGAGACCAGCUUGCUGCAUCACAAGUCGUCAGUCGAGCCCAGCACCAGCUGGGAGAAUUUAAAACUUGGUUCCAGGAAUACAUGAACAGCAAGGAUAGAAGAUUGUCUCCAGCUACGGAAAACAAACUCCGACUUCACUACCGCAGAGCCCUCAGGAACAACACAGACCCCUACAAGAGAGCUGUGUACUGUAUCAUUGGGAGAUGCGAUAUCACCGACAACCAGAGUGAAGUGGCAGACAAGACUGAGGACUACCUAUGGUUAAAAUUGAACCAGGUGUGUUUUGAUGAUGACGGCACCAGCUCACCACAAGACAGGCUCACUCUCUCACAGUUCCAGAAGCAGCUGCUAGAAGACUAUGGCGAGUCCCACUUCACGGUGAACCAGCAGCCCUUCCUCUACUUUCAAGUGCUGUUCCUGACUGCACAGUUUGAAGCUGCCAUUGCCUUUCUCUUCCGCAUGGAGCGGCUGCGCUGCCAUGCUGUCCAUGUGGCCCUGGUGCUAUUUGAGCUAAAGCUGCUUUUAAAGUCCUCUGGUCAGAGUGCUCAGCUCCUCAGCCACGAGCCUGGUGACCCUCCCUGCAUGCGACGGCUGAACUUUGUGCGUCUGCUCAUGCUCUACACCCGCAAGUUUGAGUCCACGGACCCAAGAGAAGCCCUGCAGUACUUUUACUUCCUCAGGGACGAGAAAGACAGUCAAGGAGAAAACAUGUUUCUGCGUUGUGUGAGCGAGCUUGUGAUAGAAAGCCGGGAGUUUGAUAUGAUUCUUGGAAAACUAGAGAACGACGGAAGUAGAAAGCCUGGAGUCAUUGAUAAGUUUACCAGUGACACAAAGCCUAUUAUCAACAAAGUUGCUUCAGUGGCAGAAAACAAAGGACUGUUUGAAGAAGCAGCAAAGCUUUAUGACCUUGCUAAGAAUGCUGACAAGGUACUGGAGCUGAUGAACAAGCUGCUGAGCCCUGUUGUCCCACAGAUCAGCGCCCCACAGUCUAACAAAGAAAGGCUGAAGAACAUGGCCCUCUCCAUUGCGGAGAGGUACAGAGCUCAGGGAAUAAGUGCGAAUAAGUUUGUGGACUCUACAUUCUAUCUCCUCUUGGACUUGAUCACCUUUUUUGACGAGUAUCACAGUGGUCAUAUUGACAGAGCCUUUGAUAUUAUUGACCGCUUGAAGCUGGUGCCUCUGAAUCAGGAGAGUGUGGAAGAAAGGGUGGCUGCCUUCAGAAACUUCAGUGAUGAAAUCAGACACAACCUCUCAGAAGUUCUUCUCGCCACCAUGAACAUCCUGUUCACACAGUUUAAGAGGCUCAAGGGAACAAGUCCAUCUUCAGCAACCAGGCCCCAGCGAGUCAUCGAAGACCGUGACUCUCAACUCCGAAGUCAAGCCAGAGCCCUGAUUACCUUUGCUGGGAUGAUACCGUACCGGACAUCUGGGGACACUAAUGCCAGGCUGGUGCAGAUGGAGGUCCUCAUGAAUUAAGCGCUGUGUUUGAUGGGGUCUGGGGCUGCACACUGUCAGUAUAUUAGGCAUGUGAGCCAGCUGGGGUGGGUUUCCAGUUUUGUUUCUGUUGUGUUGUGUUUUGUUUUUUGUAUUAUGUAUUUUUGUCAAUACCAAUAAAUUUCUUUGAUUUGUA